AUGACGAUUGGGGAAAACGACAAUGCUAAAGGCCCCGAACCCGGCCAGAAAACCGCCUUGGUCACGGGUGCUGGCAUCGGUGGCAUCGGCGGCUCUCUUGCUACAGAACUUCACUCUGCCGGCUUCUUCGUCAUUUGCGCCGUGCGCCGUCCCUCGACCGCCACCGACCUCCUCCUACCGGGUAUGGUUGCCGUCGAGCUGGACGUGACCUCGAGCGACUCCGUCACCGCAGCCGUCAAGCGAGUCUCGUCUAUAACAAACGACCGACUCGACGUCCUCGUCAACAACGCCGGCUCGGCAACACAUCGCCCAGCAUUGGACCUCGAUGUCGACGGCGUCGUGGCCGCCAUGUUCGACGUCAAUGUCCUAGGGGCCAUGAGAACGGUCAAAGCUUGCGCAGACCUGCUCAUCAACGCCAAGGGGUGCGUCGUCAACAUUGGCAGCAUUGCGCCGAUUAUGCCUCUGGGGUACUCGUCUGCGUAUAAUGCCAGCAAGGCUGCGCUGCACGCAUAUGGGGAUUCUCUUCGCAUGGAACUGAAGCCCCUGGGUGUCGAUGUCCUCACCGUCAUAACCGGUGGCGUGAAGAGCAACAUUGUCCGCGAAGAAAGUCCCUCUCUGCCCGAAAACUCGCGAUACAAACCCGUGGAACAGUUCUGGCGUAAACGAGUUACCCAGUCUCAGGAAGGGGCUAUGGACACGGACAAGUAUGCGCGCGCAGUUGUCAGCAUGAUACAGAAAAAGAACAAGCCUAUUUGGUUUUGGCAGGGCGGCUUCUCUUCUCUGGCGUGGUUCCUACACUAUUUCAUUCCGAGGAGCAUGAGAUUGUACAUUAUGGCGAGAAACUUUGGCAUGCAUCUAUUAUAA